GUGCAUGCUUCAAUGACGGGAGGUACCCUUCCGUAUCUGGGACUGGAAUUCCAUUCUGGAUACGUGAAGCAGACCCAAUUGAUGAAGAUGAAGAGGCUCAUCCCUGUAGAUGAUAGGCUUGAUCCCGGGGAGAAGAGGACGAGUCAGCGUACUGAACUGCUCGCUGCACCACACGGCCUGAAGAACGUAUGCGAUGAAGACGAAAGCUAUCUAGCGGACCGGCGCAGGAAUCGGAGCUCGCAUUCACAACGGCCAGAGACCAUCAUCACCACGAACUCUGAAUAUAUGGUAAAGGGGAUGACGGAGUGGCUUCCUACCUGGAAGGUUCGUACUCUUUGGCACGUGCACUGCCACUCGCACUGCAGGUGACG